AUGGCCGCGGGUUUCUUCCCUGGAGCGGCGGUGUGGGAGCUGAGCUCCGCCGCCAGCCCUAGGCGGCGGCGCUGGACCGCGCGGGGAGGUGAGGAGGACGCGGACGAAGCGCCCGCUGUGCUGGUUCUGAGCCACUUCUCCCGGCCGCCGUUCCUCAGCUUCGGCAGCCUGCGUGUCGGCGCCUCCCGCACGCGCCUCCUGGGCAUCGACAACCCCAACGUGGAGGACGCCGAGGUGGUCGUCGACCGCUUCCCGGCUUCCGCCAGGGGCUUCAGCAUUGAGCAUCGCCGCUUUUCUGUGCAGUCAGGACAAAGAAUCUUUGUUUCUGUAACAUGGACACCAUUAGAAGAAGGAAAAGUCAGAGAACUGGUAACUUUUCUUAUUAAUGGCAUUGUAAAGCAUCAGACUGUGCUCCUGGGUGUUGCUGAGCAACCUGUGAAGAAAAAGAAGAGUCUUUGGGAUACUAUAAAAAAGAAAAACUCUUCAGAAACAUCUGCUUCAAUAAAAGUUAAAAAAAGUACUUCAAAAGUUAAAAAUGUUAAUAAAACCUUUCAAGUUUCCCAGAAGGUGGAUGGACUUAGAAGCCCACUUCAGCCAUGUGAAAAUCAGAACACAAUGCAAAAUAGUAUAUCCCCAGGAAAUGACUCUUUUGUUGGCUCAGAAAAUAAAUUGCCUAUAUCUCCUAUUGCACCGAUGCUAGAGGAACAUCAUAAUACCGUUUGCACACCGCUUGCAAUGAGAAGAUCUACUACAUUCUCGGAUAUUGCUGCCACUGUAAAUGAGUUAUUGCCUGAAAUAGACAGCUGUAACGUCAAGGAAUUUGUUAAUGAGCACAAUGAAUUAAAAUCUGAAAGUGCAUACAGUUCUACUGGAUUAGCACAACUGCCAGUUUCAAACAAUGAAGUGAUUCUUAAUUGUACACUCUCACGAGUUUGCACUCCAGAACACUCAGCAUCUGUGCCCGUUUUAAGUACAAGGAGAAUUUUAAGUCCAGAUUCUUUUGUAAAUGACAGUUAUCAAGUGGAUAUAGAUACAAUGGAGCAGCCUGUUCCAAUUCUGUCACCUGAUCAAUUUGUGAAAGACAGCUUGUCAGAUAAACAAUCAAAGACUCCUCAACUUGAGGCAGCUUUAAUAUCGUCUACUACAGAGACUUAUGUUGUAAAGAAAUUCCUACCCUUAAAAUGGAAAAAAAAUGGAGAUGUUGAGACAAAAACACAUGUUCAUAUAGAACACAACUUAAAUGAAGUCUUUGAGAUGCAUAAUGUAGAAACACAAGUACUUCAUUAUGACAAACCCAAAGAAAAUCACUUCAGUUUUCCUUCUGCAGAGGAACUUCUGACUCACAAUUCUUCUCAGAGAGAGCAACCAAAAAAGCGUCCAGUUCUUUCUGCCACUGUCAUAAAAAAUAAGCCUGAUGCUGCUGAGGAAAAAAGAAUGGAAACCCUCCAUCCAAAAUCUAAAAAAAGCCUUAGUAAAGCAAUAAUGGAAUGUGCUAAUGUGGUGCCUGUACAUACAAAUGCAGAAAUAUCUAAACACCUUCCAGUUAUAGGUUCCAUUUCAGCUGAAAAUAAGUGUCACAAUGACAAAGUAAAUUCAUCUCCUACUGGAUCAACUUCUUUGUGUCGUAAGAGGAAAAGUGAAAUAUAUGUAGAAAAUAGUAGAGUUACAGCUCCAGUGGAUGUGGAAGAAGUGGAAAGAAAAAGAACUCUUACAUCUAGUGUGGACAAUAAAACACAUACUACUAUGAGACCAUCAGCCUUCAAACACACAAACAGAGAGAGAGUAGCACAGAGAAAGAAAGCUGGUUCUUCACUUCAGAAAGCAUCUAAAACUACCAACAGAAUUAGCAAACCCAUCCCUGGAUUGGCCCAGUCUCACCUGACAUUUGUGAAACCGCUGAAAACAGUCAUCCCUAGGCACCCAAUGCCUUUUGCUGCUAAAAACAUGUUUUAUGAUGAACGUUGGAAGGAGAAGCAGCAACGAGGUUUCACCUGGUGGUUAAAUUUUGUACUUACCCCUGAUGACUUCAGUGUAAAAACAAACACCUCACAAGUAAAUGCAGCCGCUCUUAUCUUGGGAGAAGAGAACCAUCAUAAAACCAGUGUUCCUAAAGCACCAACGAAAGACGAAGCAUCUCUAAAAGCUUAUACAGCUCAUCGUAAGCUGAAUAAGUUACGACGUGAUGCUUGCCGUUUGUUUACAUCUGAAACAAUGGUUAAAGCUAUUAAGAAGCUGGAAGUUGAGAUUGAAACUAGACGUUUGCUAGUUCGUAGAGACAGACACCUCUGGAAAGAUGUAGGAGAGAGGCAGAAAGUCCUUAACUGGCUUUUGUCUUACAACCCUUUGUGGCUGCGUAUAGGUCUGGAGACUGUUUAUGGAGAACUGAUAGCUUUGGAGAGUAAUAGUGAUGUUAUGGGUUUAGCAAUAUUUAUCCUUAAUCGCUUGCUUUGGAACCCUGACAUUGCAGCUGAAUACAGACAUCCCACUGUGCCUCAUCUUUACCGAGAAGGUCAUGAAGAAGCUUUGUCAAAAUUCACGCUGAAAAAAUUGCUGUUGUUAGUUUGCUUUCUGGAUUGUGCCAAACGGUCCAGAAUGAUUGACCAUGACCCCUGCCUCUUUUGUAAGGAUGCAGAGUUCAAGGCUAGCAAAGACCUUCUGCUUGCAUUUUCUCGGGACUUCCUGAGUGGUGAAGGUGACCUUUCCCGCCAUCUUGGUUUCUUAGGACUACCUGUCAGUCAUAUUCAAACUCCACUUGAUGAAUUUGAUUUUGCUGUAACAAAUCUGGCUGUGGACUUACAGUGUGGCAUUCGCCUUGUGAGAACAAUGGAACUUCUCACCAAAAACUGGAAUCUUUCAAAACAACUGAGAGUUCCUGCAAUAAGUCGUCUACAGAAGAUGCAUAAUGUUGACAUUGUUCUUAAUGUCCUUAAAGAGCAAGGAAUUCGCUUGAAAGAUGAAAGUGGUGCUUCAAUUGACUCCAGGGAUAUUGUGGAUAGACACAGAGAACGAACGUUAGCACUGCUGUGGAAAAUUGUCUUUGCCUUCCAGGUGGAUGUUUUUCUUAAUGUGGAACAGUUAAAAGAAGAAAUUGAGUUUUUAAAGAAUGCACACAAGAGGAAAACACAAUUGGAUGCUCUCAAGACUCUUCCAAAUUCUUGUAGAGUACAAGAAGAUAAUAGUACUAACUCCUCACCUCAAAGUUACAGUGAAAAUGUGAAGCUGCUGAUGGCAUGGGUUAAUGCAGUUUGUGGAUUUUACAAUAUCAAGGUGGAAAAUUUCACAGUGUGUUUCUCAGAUGGUAGAGUAUUAUGUCAUUUGAUUCAUCAUUAUCAUCCGUGUUACGUGCCUCUGGAAGCUGUGUGCCAACGCACAACUCAAACAGUAGAAUGCUCAAGAACUCAUACAGUGGGACUAAACUCUUCCUCCUCAUCCUCUUCGGAGUCUGAUACUUCUCUAAAUGUUAUGGAGGGAAUGUUUGACCAAACUGUGACUGCCUCAGUCCUAUACAAGGAACUCUUGGACAAUGAAAGGAAAAACUUCCAGCUGAUCAAUGCUGCAGUUUCUGACCUAGGUGGAAUACCAGCAAUGAUUCAUCACUCAGACAUGUCGAAUACAAUUCCUGAUGAGAAGGUUGUUAUUACCUACCUAUCAUUUCUGUGUUCGCGGCUUCUAGAUCUUCGGCAAGAAACUCGAGCUGCACGAUUAAUUCAGUCUGCUUGGAGGAAUUACAGGCUGAAAAGGGAACUGAAACUUGCUCAGGAAAGAGACAGAGCUGCUCGGACAAUUCAAAAAUCUGCAAUAAACUUCUUGUCUCGUCGACGCAUCCUGAAGAAAGUGAAUGCAGCGGUUUUCAUCCAGAAACACUGGAGAAGAUACUUAGCCAGGAUGACUUCUUUAAAUCUGAAAAAGACAAAACUGGAGGAAGCCAGAAGUAAAUCUGCCACAAUCAUUCAGGCUUAUUGGAGGAGAUACUCUGCUAGGAAAAGAUAUUUACAGCUAAGAUACUAUGUUAUUUUUGUACAAGCAAGGAUAAGGAUGGUGAAGUCUGUUGCUGCAUAUAAACGAAUUGUUUGGGCUACUGUUAUAAUUCAAAGUCAUCUGCGUGCAUCUAAGUUGGCAAAAAAAGAUCGGCAAAGAUAUGAAAUCUUAAAGUCUUCAGCACUUACUAUUCAGUCUGCAUUCAGAAGAUGGAGAAAAUACAAAAUUCAACAGAAAAUUAAAGCAACUUUAGUGCUUCAGACUUAUUUCCGAAAAUGGCAAUCUUCAAAACUGGCUAAAAGAAAGAGGGCUGCCCUUGUCAUACAGUCUUGGUAUAGGAUGCACAGAGAUCUGAAGCAGUAUUUACGUAUUAAGCAAAAUGUUAUCAAGAUCCAGGCUUGGUACAGGUGUCAGCUGGCUAGACGUAUUUAUCAGGAACACAGAGCAAAAAUAGUGACAAUUCAGCAGUGUUACAGAGCUUAUAAACUAGGAAAAAUUGAAAGAGAGUACUAUUUGCAAAAGCGUGCAGCAGUUGUAGUUCUCCAGGCUGCUUUUAGAGGUGUGAAGGCACGUAAACUAUACAGACAAACAAAAGCAGUUUGUGUUGUUCAAUCACUGUGGAGAAUGAAAAAAGAGAAACUAAGAUUUCUACGAUUAAAAAAAUCUGUUACUACAUUGCAGUCACAUGUGAGAAAAUACCAACAAGUAAAAAGAUACAAAGAGAUUAAAAAUGCUGCUUCUGUAAUUCAAACUUGGUAUAGGGCACAAGUCGCUUCUAAAAAAGCAGCUGCUGCGUUCCAGAGGAUGCGUCUGGCUGCUAUUGUCCUACAGUCUGCCUACAGAGGAAUGGAAGCUAGGAAAGAGGCUCGCAUAUUGAGAUCUGUGAUAAAAAUUCAGUCUAGCUACCGUGCUUAUAUUGUCCGAAAGAGAUUUAAAAACUUGAAAGAUGCAACGGUGAAGAUUCAAGCUUUUGUAAAGAUGAGGCAAGCACAUAAGCAUUAUUGUGCAUUAAGGGAGGCAACACUUUAUGUCCAGCGAAGGUAUCGGUCUCAUAGAUAUGCUCUUCAACUUAAAGAAGAUUAUAGGAAAUUGAAGGGAGCCUGCGUAAGAAUUCAAGCUGUAGUUCGAGGCUAUCUUGUCAGGAAACAAAUACAAAGGUGGAGGGAGACUGCAAUAUUUCUCCAGGCACGCUACAGAAUGAGAAGGGACAGGCAACGUUAUUUAAGCAUCUAUAGUGCUGCCGUUGUCAUUCAGAAACAUUAUCGUGCAUAUGAAAAGCAACUGUGUCAGAGGCAGGAGUUCUUGCAAGUUAAAAAAGCAGCUGUGUGCUUACAGGCAGCCUACAGGGGUUAUAAAGCACGCAAAAAGCUUAAACUUGAAUAUAGAGCUGCUAUUAAAAUUCAGACCGCUUUUAGAGCUCAUGCUGCAAGAAUGAAAUAUAAGGCAAUGGUUCAGGCCUCCAUUGUGAUUCAGAGGUGGUACAGAACUUACAAGACUGGUAACAGGCAAAGACUGAACUUCUUAAUGACAAGAGCGGCAGUGCUUUCUUUACAAGCAGCUUUUCAUGGCUGGAAGGUACGAAAGCAGAUUCGAAGACAAUGUGUUGCUGCUACUAAGAUACAGUCUGCCUUCAGAAAAUUCAUGGCUCUGAAAAAAUUCAGACUAAUGAACCACGCUGUGCUAACUAUCCAAAAGCAUUACAGAGCCAGUGUUAUAGGUCAGAAACAACGGCAAGAAUAUGUUCAGCUGCGUAACUCUGUAGUGCGUCUUCAGGCAAUAUGGAGGGGGAAAACUGUGAGAAAAACAAUUCAAAAGAAACAUAAUCUUGCAACAAUUAUUCAGUCCUGUUACAGAAUGCAUGUAAAUCAACUAAAAUAUAAGAAACUCAGACAAGCCACUCUAGUGAUUCAGAAAUACUUCAGAGCUUACUGUAUGAAAAAAACCCAACGUGCAAUUUAUCUAAAAACAAAAGCAGCUGUGUUAGUCUUGCAGUCUGCUUACCGUGGGAUGACUGUGAGGAAACAAUUGAACAAACUAAACAAAGCUGCUACAACUAUACAAGCUGCCUUCAAAUCUUACCUGAUAAAAAAGGACUAUGAAAGACUUAGAUCUGCAGCUAUAGUAGUUCAAAGGCAUUAUCGUGCAAUUAUUCAUGCUAAACGUCAAAAGCAGAAAUAUUUGUCUUUAAAAAAAGCCACAGUCAAAAUGCAGGCCAUUUAUAGAGGUGUAAGAGUUAGACGACGAAUUCACUGUAUGCAUCAAGCAGCUAUUUGUAUCCAAGCCAUGUUUAAGAUGCAUCGCAUGAACAUAAAAUAUCAAGCAAUGAGAAUGGCAGCAAUUAUAAUUCAAAGACAAUAUACAGCAUUUUGUUUAGGCAAAGUACAACGUAAAAAGUACUUGGAACUGAAGAAGUCUAUCAUUAUCCUUCAGGCUGCCUGUAGAGGCAUGAAGGUCCGACAAGACUUAAAAACCAUGCAUCAGUCAGCAGCAAAAAUACAGUCUUAUUAUCGAAUGCACAAACAACAGAGGGAUUUCAGAAAAUUGUUGCAGGCAACUAGGCGGAUUCAGCAGUGGUUCCGUGCUUGUAAGGAGCGAAAUACACAAGUUCAAAACUAUGUGAUUAUGAAAACUGCUACACUUCGUCUCCAGGCUGCAUUCCGUGGUAUGAAAACAAGACGACUUAUAAGAACUAUGAGUGAAUCGGCUGAGAUUAUUCAAAGAAGAUUUAGAACUUUUCUCAAAAGAAAACAUUUUCUUUCCAUUAAGACAGCUGCUAUUGUAAUUCAGAGAAAAUACAGAGCAACAAAAUUAGCAAAAAUUCAACGUCAAAAAUAUCUCUCUCUCCUUAAUGCUGCUGUUAUCAUACAGUCUGCUUAUAGAGGCUUUGUGGUAAGAAAAAAAAUGCAGCAGAUGCAUCAAGCUGCUACAGUUAUUCAAGCAACAUUAAGAAUGCGUAAAACUUACAUCUCUUAUCAAGCUGUCAGGCUUGCUUCAGUAAUCAUACAGCAACAUUAUCGUGCUUACAGGGAAGGGAAGUGUGUGAGAGAAAUAUACUUAAAACUGUACAAUUCUGUUUUAGUUCUUCAGGCUGCCUAUAGAGGAAUGAAAACAAGAUGCUUAUUGAAGAAAAAACAUGAGGCAGCACUUACAAUACAGAGAAACUACCGAAUGUAUAGGCAGUACUGCCAUUAUAGAAAAGUUCAGUGGGCAACCCAGCUAAUACAGAAGAGGUACAGAGCCAAUAACCUAAAGAAAAUUGCAGUACAGCAUUACUCUUCAUUAAAGAAAGCAGCAACUUUUAUUCAGAAGGCUUUUCGGGACAUGCGAGCAAAAAAACAACGUCGAGAAAUGCACUGUGCUGCUAUUGUUGUUCAGAAAAAUUUUAAAGCUUUUAGAGAACGUCAAAAAUAUCUCUCUCUUAAAGCAGCUACUCUUGUCUUUCAGAGAAGAUAUAGAGCUUUGAUUCUGUCAAGACGGCAUACUUCGGAGUAUCUUUCUCUUCGCAGAGCAACUAUUCAUAUACAGGCUGUGUACAGAGGUAUCAGGGUGCGGAAGAGUAUUGAGCAUAUGCAUUUAGCUGCUAGUACAAUACAGUCAGCCUACAAAAUGCACAGGAAUAGAAGGUCCUAUCAAAAUAUGAGAAUUGCAGCUAUUGUUAUACAGAACUACUAUCGAUCCUACACUAAAGGAAAGAAUCAACGAAAGAAAUAUCUGACAAUGAAGAAUUCUGCCCUUAUUAUUCAAGCAUCAUAUAGAGGCAUGAAGGAACGACAGAAACUGAAAAUCAUGCAUGUUUCAGCAAUUGUAAUACAGUCUAGUUAUCGCAUGUAUAUACAACAUAGAUAUUACAAACAGUUGUAUUGGGCUGUCAGAGUUAUACAGCAAAGGUUCAGAGCCAAAAUGGCAAAAGAAGCUGACAUGGAAAACUAUGCAAAAAUAAAAAAGGCUGUCAUUUGCCUUCAAUCCUCUUUUCGUGCUAAAAAAGCUAGGCAGUUGUAUAAAACCAAUGUUGCUGCACGGUGCAUACAAUCAUUCUUACGAAUGCAUGUAGAGAGGAGGCGUUUUCUUGAAAAGAAAGCAGCAGCAAUAAUGAUCCAGUCUAUGUUCCGAUGCCAAAGAACAAGGACUCGCUAUAAACUCAUUCAGAGUUCAGCAGUUGCUAUUCAGAGGUGGUACAGAGCAUGUCACAGGGCUCAUUUACAGAAAACUGAGUAUUCCGCUCAAAGACAAGCAAUAGUAAUUAUUCAGUCUGCCUUCCGUGGUAUGAAAGCAAGAAAAAUAGCAAGACAAAUACGAACUGCAAGAAAGAUUCAGUCUUUUCUUCAGAUGGCUGUGCAGCGUAGAAAAUUUAUUCAACUUAGAACAGCAGCUAUUACGUUACAAGCCUAUUACUUAAUGCAUAAAACUAAAACACAGUAUACAAGCUAUAAAAAAGCAGCAGUUGUCUUACAACGAUGCUACCGAUCCCACUUGACCGUGAAAUACCAAAGAAUGACUUACUUACAAACCCGGAGAAACGUUAUCAUUGUGCAGGCUAGAGUCAGAGGAUUCAUUGAAAAGAAGAGGUUUCACAAAGUUAAAGAAAGCACAAUAAAAAUUCAGGCAUUUUUCCGUGGAUUUAUUCAGAGACAGAAAUACCUUCGGUGCAAGUUUUCUGCUGUAUUGAUACAGCAGUACUACAGAGCUCAUCAGAUGCGAAAUAUUGAACAACAAAGAUACCAUCAAAUGAAGAGAGCUGCCAUUAGAAUUCAGGCAUCAUACAGAGGAUAUAAAGCCAGGCAGUGGGUUAACAAAAUGAGAGCAGCACAAGUAAUUCAAGCCUGGUUUCGAGGCUGCAGAGCACGAAAGGAAUAUGCAUCUGUGGUAAAAGCUAUAUGUGUUAUUCAGAGUCACUUCAAAACAAAACAGCAGCGGACCCGGUUUUUGAAAAUGAAGUUGUGUGCACUUACCAUUCAAAGAAGAUGGAGAGCAACCCUUACUGCACGAAUGAUUCGACAUCAGUUUCUGGCAACUAAGAAUGCUGCAGUUAAGAUUCAGUUGGCAUACAGACAGUAUAGGGCUAGAAGACUUUUAAGAAAGAAGCUUCAAGCUGCAUGUUUGAUCCAAAAAGCAUACAGAGGUUUCAAGGAAAGAAGGAAUCUUGUUCAACAAAAAGCUGCUGCUGUAAUUAUCCAAAAACAUCUGAGGGCUUGGCAGGAAGGCAGGCUUCAAUUUAUGAAAUACAACAAAACUAGAAGAGCUGUCAUUAAACUGCAAGCAUUUCUACGGGGUUAUUUAGUCAGAAAAAGGAUUUCAGAACAGAAACAAAAGAAGAGACUACUUUAUUUUACAGCAGCUGCAUAUCAUCAUAUCUCUGCAAUGAAAAUUCAAAGGGUGUAUAGGAUUCACCUCGUCUUAAAACUUGCACAAAAACAGAUCUCGUCUGUUCUUAUAAUACAGAGAUGGUUCCGAGCAAAAAUGCAACAAAAGAGAUUUCUAAGAGAUUAUCAAAGAAUCAUUCAAUUACAACGUGUGAUUCGAGGCUGGCUAAACCACAGAAAUGAUGCAGCAACCACAAUCCAGCAAAAUGUACGAAGAUUCCUUGCCUGCAGACGUAGGAGAAAAUUUGUAGUUGGAAUAAUUAAAUUUCAGGCAUUGUGGAGAGGAUAUUCUUGGAGAAAGAGUAAUGACACAGCAAAAACUAAAGCUUUAAGACGUAGUUUAGAAAAAGCUAAUGAAAAGAGCAGAGAAGAAAACAAAUUGUGCAACAGAACUGCAAUUGCUAUUGAAUACCUUCUAAAAUACAAACACCUCUCUUAUAUUCUUGCAGCAUUAAAGCAUCUUGAGGUGGCUACCAGGCUGUCCCCGCUCUGUUGUGAAAAUAUGGCCCAGAGCAGAGCAAUCUUCACUAUUUUUGUUUUGAUCCGAAGUUGUAACCGGAGUGUUCCAUGCAUGGAUGUGAUCAGAUAUUCAAUUCAAGUUCUACUUAAUGUUUCAAAGUAUGAAAGAACUACUCAAGCAGUUUAUGAAGUAGAAAAUUCUAUAGAUACAUUACUAGACCUACUGCAAAUGUACAGAGGGAGAGCUGGGGACAAAAUUUCAGAGAAAGGAGGAAGCAUUUUCACAAAGACUUGUUGUUUGUUGGCCAUCCUUUCAAAGGACACAAAAAGAGCUUUGGAAAUCCGAAGCAUACCAAGGGCUGUUACUUGCAUUCAAAGCCUAUAUAAACUUACAGCUCGUAAACACAAAAUGGAUGCAGAGAGAACACUUGUGAAGCAGAAAACAAACACUUUCUUAAGUGGAACUUCCUUUGUUCCAGUAACUCCUUUAAGAAUAAAAACAGUUUCAAGAAUUAAACCAGACUGGGUUUUGAGGAAAGAUAACAUGCAAGAAAUUGUGGAUCCUCUGCAAGCAAUUCUGAUGGUGAUGGAUACACUUGGUAUUGCAUGCUACUGAAAUGUAAAUGAUGUAUAUGAAAAUGUAUUUGUACAGCAUGUAUGUAGUAGACAGCUAAAUGAUUUUGAAAGAAAGCAAAUAAGUGUAAAGCUGCCCUUGAAAAUGUUUUUUCAAAUUGCAAUUAACAUUUCUGUAACUUUUUUGUAUUGUAUACAGCUUUUGAAAUCCUAUUUUGUACUACUGCCAAAAGCAAUUGUACAAUAAAAUCAUAAGCCCUGGAAAUUUCA